GUGGAUCUUGGAAGGAGGGCGGGAAAGGGGCGUACCUGUGCGGCGCACGCGCAGCAUGUGUGGCUGGGGAAUUCAUGUGGAGGUCAGAGUGGAAGCAGGUGUGAGUGGGUCCAACAGAAGGAAACAUGGCUGCCAAAGUGUUUGAGUCCAUUGGCAAGUUCGGCCUGGCCUUGGCCGUUGCAGGAGGCGUGGUGAACUCUGCCUUGUAUAAUGUGGAUGCUGGGCACAGAGCUGUCAUCUUUGACCGAUUCCGUGGAGUGCAGGACAUUGUGGUAGGGGAAGGGACUCACUUUCUCAUCCCAUGGGUACAGAAACCAAUUAUCUUUGACUGCCGCUCUCGACCGCGUAACGUGCCAGUCAUCACUGGUAGCAAAGAUUUACAGAAUGUCAACAUCACGCUGCGCAUCCUCUUCCGGCCUGUGGCUAGCCAGCUCCCGCGCAUCUUCACCAGCAUCGGAGAGGACUACGACGAGCGCGUGCUGCCGUCCAUCACUACAGAGAUCCUCAAGUCAGUGGUGGCUCGCUUUGAUGCAGGGGAACUAAUCACCCAGAGAGAGCUGGUCUCCAGGCAGGUGAGCGAUGACCUUACGGAGCGAGCAGCAACCUUCGGGCUCAUCCUGGACGAUGUCUCCUUGACGCAUCUGACCUUUGGGAAGGAGUUCACAGAAGCGGUGGAAGCCAAACAGGUGGCUCAGCAGGAAGCAGAGAGGGCCAGAUUCGUGGUGGAAAAGGCUGAGCAGCAGAAAAAGGCGGCCAUCAUCUCUGCCGAGGGCGACUCCAAGGCAGCCGAGCUGAUCGCCAACUCGCUGGCCACCGCGGGGGACGGCCUGAUCGAGCUGCGCAAGCUGGAGGCCGCCGAGGACAUUGCGUACCAGCUGUCACGCUCUCGGAACAUCACCUACCUGCCGGCGGGGCAGUCCGUGCUCCUGCAGCUGCCCCAGUGAGGAGGACCCACCCUGCCUGCACCUCCUCAGGCCAGUGGGGCCACAGCCCUGCUGAUGCUUAACACCACCUCCUUCUGCCCCACCCAGAAAUCACUGUGAAAUCUCAUGAUUGGCUUACCGUGAAGGAAAUAAAAGUAAAAUCACUUCAGAUCUCUAAUUACUCUAUCAAAUCAAGCUCUUUCAUUCUUCUCACACCCACCUACUUUUUUAUCCACCUCCCUACCAAAAAUUGCCAAGUGCCUACGCAGACUCACUUUGGGUCCUGGUUCGAGGCCUGCUGGAGCUUCGGCCUAGGCACUGGCAAUUGGCAGAACAAAGGCAGGACAGUGUGUGUGACGGACUGGGAGCACAGGUGGCAGGUGGUGGCAGGCACGGCUGGACCUCAAAGGCAGGCCUCAGUUUUCCAGCGGCUCUUGUGCAGAUGCAGCCGAAGAGAGGUGCUGGGGAAUGUCAGAGAGGAAGUGGUCUGUCUCUUCCCGUAAGCCUGAUUCUCUGUAACUGUGGCCAGCGGAAGCAGAUGUGUGCAAACAGGGCAUGGAUUGAAGAAUCUGCCCCUGUUGAGGUGGGUGGGCUGAUUUUGCUGCCCCCCAGGGUCCCAAGACUGGGAUGGACUUGGAUAGGGAGAGAGGAGGCCUGGACUGAGAUGUGAGUCUGUCGAAGACUUCCUGUCCACCCCCCACCUUGGUCCCUCUCAAAUACCCAGCGGAACUCCAGCUUGAAGGAUUGCAUCCUGCCGGGGCUGGACGUGCCUGCCAAAGACAUCCUGAGCUCCUGGCUCCCUCGUUCAGAGACUGCCCUUCUCGAGGGCUCUGUACUUGUGCUUUGAAAGAAACAACCAUGGGAAGAAAACAAAUGUGUGUAAACUGCUGUCAAUAAAUGACACCCAGACCUUCA